CUGCAAUUCAAUUCAUCCCCACUUCAACCCUCAUUCCGUUUCUUUCCCUCUUUUUCAAGUCUACCAAUGGAGAAGCCGCGGCAGCAACAGUCAUCACCAGAGCUCCCACCUCCGACGGAGCCGAACCCGGGUCAAAAUCCUGGCGAAGAAGCUCAGCGUACAAAGGUCGUACUAUGCGUAGAAUGCAAAAAUACGGCGGCAAAAUACAAAUGCCCCGGCUGCUCUCUACAGACCUGCAGCCUCCCUUGCGUCAAAUCACACAAGCACCGGACUGGCUGCUCCGGCAAACGCGACGUCGCCCCUUUCGUUCCCAUGUCCCAGUUCGACGAUGAAACCCUUGUCUCUGAUUAUAACUUUCUCGAGGAAGCGAAGAGAGUGGUUGAUUCAGGUCCAAGGAUGAGAGCUCAAUUACGUGCUUACUCUCAAUUUCGGUUGCCCUUUCACCUUCAAAGCCUUAAGCGUGCUGCAUCAAGUCGCAGAACAACGCUCCUUCUUCUCCCUAGUGGAAUGUCAAGGAGGGAGAAGAACAAAACUCGCUAUGACCAGAGGAAGAAGUCUAUCUUCUGGACCAUAGAAUGGAGGUUUUACUUAACUGGUGUUGUUUUGUUUGACCAUGGGCGACCCACGGUGCUUGUUUCCCAUUACAGAGUAAAUGAAAACACUUCUGUUUGCUCUGAGAUUGAGAAGCAUCUGAAGCCAGGACCAUGGAAGCAUAAGUUAAAGCAGUUCUCUGAAGUGGGUUUGGAGUCUCUCAAGUGCUUCAUACGUAAAUAUCCGAAGGGGAAAUCGCCUUUUCGGGAGUUGGACAUAAAGGCCCCUUUAAAGCAGCAGCUAGGGAAUCUAAGUGUGUUGGAGCACCCUGUCAUCUAUGUUCUUCUCCCUUCUCAAAGUUAUGAUUUUGAAGUCGUAAAAGACUUCAUUCCAAUGGCUAGUAGGCAGGAAGCUAAGAGUUGUGUGAGUAAUGAUGGUCAACUGAUGAUCCCCAAAGGUGUUGCAUUCCGCGAGGAAGAAAUUAUCGAAGAAGAAAUAGAAAAUGGUCCUUCAGCAGGUACCCAGGUUUGUGAUCUUCCUGCAAAGAGCAAUCCUCAGAAAGCCACGGAAAAUACAGCUGAGGAGGAUUCGUUGUUGGCAACCGAUUCACAUUCUUGCUUAAAGGACACGCGACCUGGAAUAUUUGAUGAUAUGGAUUUCGAUUUUGACCAGAGCCUGAUAGAUAAGUAUUCAGAUAUAGUUGCAGAGAUCAAUACGGAUGACUUUCUUGAUUUUGAAGGUGAUUUGUCCAUGGAUAUGGGAGGUGGGUUCAAUAUGAUCUCUGAAGAGUUAGAAGAAGGGGAAAUUGCUGAUUAAGGGGAGAUCCUGAAUUGGACCACCAGAACACCAUCAUAGUCCUAACACGAACUUGUGAUCGGUACUAGACUCAGGUCACUCUUGAUGCUGGUAAGAGAUCGAGUGAUGGUCACCAUGGGCAACGGAUGAGGGGCUUGAUUUGACACAAUGUUGGUUUUUGUUCUUUGUCGACUUCAUCUGGCUGUGUCCAACUUCCAUGGUUGUGGCCUUCCUCUCUCGUGAUUCUGCUGCUUGCAUCAGCCAUGUGAUGAUCCGGGAAAGAACGUGGAUGUUGUAGGUUGAGUGAGUGGUGAUUGUAUCCAUGCCGUUCUUCCGAAGAAUGCGUUACGUGAGUACAUUCUCUUUUGUUUACUGUCAUGCCUCUUUCGGAAUCCUGUUAAUUUUCUCUGAUAAAUAGUUUUCACAACCUUUAUUCAAAUGAUUGAGACACAGUUUGGGAAAACAGUUGAGGUGAUUUGAUUAUGGAGGCGAGUUUACUAUUAAUGAAUUGAUGGUGUUAUAUAAGACUCAGGGAAUACUUCCGUAGUCUUCAUGUCUUGGUAUAUCUCAUCAGAAUGGGGUGGUAGAACGUAAACAGUGCCAUGUCUAGGAGCUCACGAGAACGCUCUCUUUCAUUGUCGUGUUCCUAUAGGUUUCUGGGUAGAAGCAAUUAUAUUGUGAAUCAGUUGAUUAAUCGACAAAUUAUGUAGUUUCUAGGACAAAGAUCACCAUAUUACAGGCUCCGACUAUUC